AUGAUUAGUGAAAAAGGAAAGUCUAUUCCCAGUUCACUUAUAAAAUUGAUCGAUAAAAGUCACUUUUUGAAAGAUACGAAAUGUUAUUCGGGAGAGUUUUUGGCAGCAUUUGAUAUAAAUACUAUAGCGAAUUCAAUCUAUAGAUCUAAUUUUGAAAAAACUGAUAUAUGGUUAAUGUCACCACCUUGUCAACCAUAUACUCGAACUGGUCGACUUCAAGGAUCUAAAGAUAAUAGAUCAAAAUCAUUUAUUUAUUUAAUUGGAUUAUUAGAUAAAAUGAAGAAUCCACCAAAAUGGAUAUUAAUUGAAAAUGUUAAAGGAUUCGAAGAAUCGGAUACUAGAAAUACAUUAAUAAAACAAUUAAAUAAUUGUAAUUACAAUUAUCAAGAAUUUUUUAUUACUCCUUUACAAUUAGGAAUUCCAAAUUCAAGAUUAAGAUAUUAUUUAUUGGCAAAGAAAAAACCACUUACAUUUAAAGAAUCAGAUUCAUCUAAAAUUUUAUGUCACAUUCCUUGUUCACCAUAUGAUCAACCUUUCGUAGAUAUUAGAGAAGAAGAGGAAGGAAAGGGAACAGAAAAACAAGAUCUUAAAAAUAUUAAAUUGGAAGAGAAAAAAGAUGAUAAUGAAAUAGAUCAAUUAGAUAAUAAUAUUACAUUAAAUCAUGAUAACAUUAAAAUGAAAGACAACACAUCUUCACCUUCACCAUAUAAUAAUAAACAAAUUAAUGAUAACAAUAACAAAAUAGAAAUCAAAUUCAUAAAAGAAUAUUUACAAAAUGAAGAUGAUUUAAAUGAAGAUAAGAAGUAUAAUAUCUCUGAUAAGAUAUUAAUUAAAUAUGGAAAAUUAUUUGAUAUAGUAAAACCAUCAUUGAAAAGAAGUUGUUGCUUUACAAAAGGAUAUUAUCAUUAUGUUGAAGCAACUGGUUCGAUUUUACAAUUAAAUGAAGAAUUAAAUGCAAAUGAAAUAUUUCAUAAAGUCUCACCCUUAACAAAUAAAAACAACAACAAUAAUAAUUCUUCACCUCCUCAAUCUCAAGAAGAAAUAAUCUCUUCACUAAGAUUAUUAAAAUUACGUUACUUCACUGAAUAUGAAAUAUCUUCAAUAAUGGGAUUUCCUAAAGAAUUUUCAUUUUCACCAGAAAUUACUCUUAAACAAAGAUAUAAAGUUUUAGGGAAUAGCAUUAAUAAACUGGAGACUCUUGAUUCUCGAGUUCCAAAAAUUUAA